GCUGUCUCUUGCUGCUAGGCUAGCUGUUGUUUCUAUAGCUGUUCAGCUUACAGAAACGUGUACUAAGCUUUACAAAUUCUGGGAAUCUAUUGAAGAUGCCCCUCAGGAGAUUGCGGGGAUCAAGGAAGACUUGCAUUAUCUUUCUUCUGUCUUUGAAAGGAUCGGAAGCAACGGAAAGCCCUUAGGCCACUUUGUGGUGGAAGGAAUACAACACUGUCGACUCAAAGUAGCGGUAAAAGAGUAUCCGCCACUGUACAGCCGUAUGCAUGUUGACAAUCUAGGAACUCAAUUCCAUCGUCGAAAAGUUUGAUACCGGCUUUCAGUCUUCAUCCCGGAGGAAACGAGUAUGGACAGCUUUCAAAGCAGCUGCGCAUAGCAAGCAAGUUCAAAGGUUUCGCGAAUCACUGAACGAGACAAAAUCAACGUUGACACUUGCUAUGAUCCAUCAAUGCGUUAUACAGCCGCAAACGUCCAUCGUCUCGGCGGAAACACAUGUGUUGCCAAACCUGCAACAUCAUUCCAUGAAUUCCAAAGCUCAGUUACAUAUGUCAACCAAGCCAGGGGUCAAAAGGCUCUCUGCGGUUACACAAGUGCAGAUGGCUUCUUCGACAUUUCGGAAGCAACCUUUUCGGCGUGCAGAUUUCCCAGUGGCAUCUGAUGAAGUUGCAACGAAUGUGCCAGCGUGGCUCAAUAAAGUUGUUCUUGAGCGAUCGAUAGUUGUAGGGAAGGCCCAAGAGCUUAUGCUACAUACGAUUAGCCAGAUGGCAACUGCAAAGUUCGAAUCGACUUCAAUGGAGAUAUUUGCUCAAGAUGGGUUUAUGAUGGAUGACAGUGGAGGUGUUCGAUCCAAAACGUUUGUUUAUUCAAAAAACUUGCGACAGCGCGUUUGCCACCAAUCAUCAAGCUUUCAAACCCCUUUCGGAUGUGUGUGGGUGCGCACAACGACCAUUCAUCUGAACGACCAUAUUGGUGGCACGCUUCCAAAAUCUCAGUCCGUCACCUCGAUUGUUCUCUACCCUGCGACGUGGAUACAGCGUCUAGGUUUUAAAAAUGGGUUAGAGGCUAUCAUCGCUAUGGGAAACAAGAAUUGUUUGUUCACUUGUAGACUGACGUUGACUCGCGCUGUUCCAGAAGACUCGCUGAUUUUCGAACUCUGUCGAACUGGACAAACCCGGGCUGUAAAGACUAUUCUGAACAAGGGAAUAGGGAGCGUGGUAGAUACUAGCCCGAAAGGAUGGAAACCUUUGCAUUUUGCUGCUGCCGGAGGGCAUGUCGACCUGUGCGCUAUGUUGAUUCGAGAAGGCGCCGACAAAACCGCACUGGUCUAUGAAGGGCCCACUCCGUCUAUCCUCUCUCCCAUUUCAAUCUUUGUCGCUUCUGCUAACGACCUGCAUGCUGAGGUCAAGAUCUCAAUGCUUAGGUUGUUCUCGGAUUGCAUUGACAUCGCUGAUCCCGAUGAUGAUGGCUGGGCUGUCCAUGAAUGGUUGAAGAAGGCAUACGCGAAAGAGAAAGUUCCGGUUUCGCGAAACAGCAUCAUCUGGCUUCUCCACUUGACAGCGAAAGAGGAGUACGUUGUCUUUGGUGCCCGUACCCUAUGGUGCGGCAUACAACAUGCUAUAAGGUCCCUUCUUAACCAUGAGCGACAUAGCAGAUCUCUGAACCGUAUUCUAGGACUCACGGACGAUGAUGUCGAAGCCACUAGCCGAACACAUGCAGAUGCAAUUGGCCUCUGGCUUGCUCUUGGAAUCGGCGGACGAAAACUCUUACCGAUGGUAGUGGACGCAGGGUCUUUCUUUCAAAUGAAAGGAUUCGAUUGGGUCGAGGAUGACAUUACACAAAGCCAGGUCUUGAAAGCCCUUCCGGGCAUAUAUGCGGCGUGGUGCCAUGCACUGAUUGACUGCGUUGAGAAAGUGGAAGAAUACAUGCAACUGGAAUUAGAAUAUUGCGUGAAGAGGCUCGGCUGGCAGCGCAACGCCUUCCUCAACGCGAUCUCACGCGCGAAUACUCUUGUUGAGGGUUCGAGGAGAGAACAUAUCCAUGAGAGAGUUUGUACACACUGUAAAGACGACUAUAGUGCUCUUGGAUUUGGUCUCGUCGAGCCUGCGCAAAUCGCUAUCACCGAGUGCAUCAGAACCAACCACAAAUCCAAAUGCGCCUGUCCAGAAACUCACGAAGACUAUAUUGACGCAAUCGAAACUCGACUUCCAAUCUACUGUGGAUCAUAUUAUGAAGAAGAAUCGGACCCUGACUCCGACUCUGACUCUGACGAAGAAUUCUUUGAUGCAGAAUCAGAUCUCACUCCUGAUUCUCACUAUCUGAACCAACAUCCACACCUCGCUGGAACGUCUGACAUAUUUCUUGAUACGGCUACGAUUCUGUACCGCUCUCAUGGAAGAGUUUGGAUAGGAGAGUAUAAGAUAGGACAGCGUUUUUGUGCUACCUGCCUUUUGCUACAGGAGCAGUAUAUUAGUAAGGAUGAUCAAGAAACUGAUUUUCCGCCUACACCAGAGAGCUAUGAAGGAAUCCGUAUCGACCGGCAUUUGAGAGGGGCCUUUGAUGUCGAGCCGAACUGAAGGAUUUCCAUCAACAUGUCCUCUAUACUUCAGGACAAAGAAAUAUAUGUGGUUCAGAGCACAUCGUAUCUCGGGAAGAAGCUAUCAUAGUAU